UUAGGUUAAAGAUCAGUGACAUCAUUCAACCAUGGAAGUGGAUUCUGUUUCAAUAUGAUUCGACCGGGCACCAAGCAGUUGGAGAUUUCAGAUCAUGUGUAGAUGAGUGUAGUGCAGUACUCAAGUCUGGAAUUUGAGACUAACUUACUAGGGGUUGACAGCACAUGUUGUUUAUUGCACUGAUGCCAUUUCACUUCAGAUGAUCAGCUGGGCUGUUCACUGCACAAGCUAGCUGCUUCCCUCAGCAUUCAUCAACCAAGCACAUGGAUCAUAUUUGUUCAGUUUCAUCAUGAAGAUUAGAUAAUUUGAGACCUUGUUCCGAUGCUGCAUCUCUAAUCACCUCACUUCUCAUCAAUUACUUGUUCAGUAUGGACCAAUAACCAACCCGCAAGGAUUUAUCAGCAUAAUUUGAUUCUUCAAGAUGUUCAUCAAGAGAGACAGUGUAUUUGCAUGGUCCCAUACUAGUGAUGAUGGGUAGAUGGAAUACUGAAUAAUUGUGUAAAUUAUGAACUGGAGUAUGACAUGAGUUUGAAAAUGGAAUGAGGAUGAGUACUUGUCUGGAUGUAAUGUUUUAUGAGGAUAAUUUCUUUACAGGAGACUAUACUUCUCCUUUUAUUUUUUGAGAGCUGAACCAAUUCUUUCUGGAGAAUGCAGAAGCUGCAUCCAUCGAUUCUUCCAUGCUGCAUCUUUGUUUAGAGUCUUCCUACCAAGAAGUUCACCACCCACAUCCAGGUCUAUUUACUCCUUGAAUCUGCCAAUGCCCACUUAUAGAUCACAUCACUGUCACUCAUUAGCUGUUUACACUUUGUUUUAUUUAUUCAGAGGCUGAAAUUAUCAACACUUGUUUUCCCUCAUCUGAAAGGAAAGUAAAGUCUUCACACUUUGCCUCCAAAUCUCACAGUUAGUUGCACACUGUUUACUAAACAGUAUUUCCUGAAGUGUUUAGGGCAGGGUAUAAUAAUUUGAAAGAAGAGAGGAAUACCAUUGAAUGGGUCAUUGACUCGCUACAAUUAUUAACUGUUGAUCUAGAGCACCUGGCGACUCUCCCUGUCUCAUCUUUUCUUCUUUUUUUUUUUUUUUAGAGAAAAGUGUCCAUAAAAAUUCCUGGUUACAUAAGACCAUGUAGACCUGUGCAUCGAUAUACUUGCGCUUUUGCAAGAUUUUUUUAUAUUGUGUCUAUUUACAAUUGAAGAAGUUUCAUCAGUAAAAGUCUUGCGUCAAAACUCUGAAUUCUCUCAAGGCAGCGCAGUGAGGUGGGACAGUCGACGACCCCAUCGAAGGACUGGGAGGAGGAAGGAUGCCUCAUGUGUGUGUUCUGUGAAGGGUUAUCUCAUUUGUAGUUAUCGUGGAAGCGGCGUGUUAAUGAAUGAUAACCUGUCUGUAAUGAAAACAAAGGGAGAUUUCCCGUUGUCGCUGUCGACCGCAUGGAAUGAAUCCGAGCUCUGGAAUUACUUCACCAUCUCUCUUACGAGUCGAAUAUUAGUAUAGCAGGCCAGGAAUAGAUUCUCCAAUUCGAUCUUUCUGCCCUUCCUCUGAAACACGAGCAUGCAUUCAAUAAGACAUCUCCUGCAUGCAUGCAUAGUGAGGGACCAGUAGCAGCAGUAGAACAUGAACAUGAAAUUGAAUUCAGUCGGUAGACGGAUGAAACGAUGGAUUUAAGUUGGUAGUAGCAGGUGGAUCGUUACUAUGGAUGGGUUUCAGGGAUGGGUGGGGUUGCUGGUGUACCUAUGCAGAGAUGUAGCUUCGACCUUACUGGUAAUAUCCUGCCUUGGUGCGGUAAUCCUCAAGAUUGCGGAUCCUUUGCUGUACCAUCUUGAGGUCCUCUGGGAUCUAUUACAGCAGUUCCAGGAGUCCCCACCAUCCUACGAUGAGAGGAAUAUGCCAUCCAUUGAAGAUGUCCUCACGGAGUUGUACUACCCGUUUGAAGACAUAGCACCUUACAUGACAGCGCAGAUCUGUGACAUCAUCAAUCGAAGGUUCAAAGGUGACGGGUCAAGGUUCAUGCUGGACUUCCUGUUACCAUGCAGAGAACUCUUGUUGCAUCUCAAAGAAGAAAGUUGGCUGCAGCUGAAGCACAAACCAAGGGAACCAAGCUGGCCUAUUACCCAUUCUAAUCAGAUCCUAGUCCAUCUAUCACAGCUGAACUGGGACCAGUUCCACGUUGGGGACUUCUACAUAUAUGUGCGCUACCAUGGUCCUAAAAAAGUAACUCUAGUCCUAGUAGCAUGCCCUGAGAAAGAAGGGACGCUGACCGAGGUUCCGAUCCCAGCGGAGAUGUUCAGGGAAUUCUUCUCCUACCACGCUCCACAGAGGUUGCUUCUAGGAGAACUUAAGACCAAAGACACAGAGGAUGCUACGGGAUUAAAGACUAUUGUUGUUGCCACGGAUACAGGUAUCAUGAGGCAUCUUUGGCCGGAUGUUUUGAAGCCACAGUUUGAGCUGAAAAGACGGUCAUCAUGGAGGAAGAAGAAAAGGAAAGGAGAGGGCGGUGUGACAUCAGGGGCAAUAACAGCUACAGGUACAGAUCAAGAGACCAAGAUGCCUACCAGGAUGGCAUCUUUCUCAAGAACCAGCAGUGAAUCCAAGAAGAAACCUCCUCCACCAUUCCGUGCCCCUCAGAGUACCUUAGAAGUCAAUUUUGAAGUCCUCCAUUCCGAAGCUAUCAUCCUCACAGGUUCAAGAGACCAAGGUGGUAGGGCAGUCCUGGAGAUGAAAGCCAACAAUCAUGUUUGGUGUAAUCCUGAUGUCACUCUAGAUGAUAUUGUCAAACUCCUCGCCUAUGUCUACUCAAUACCAAGGGAGGAAGUGCGUUGGAGAGGUUUGAGUAUUGCAGUGGAUGCCAGAACAGCUCCCAAAUCCGACGUAGAGAGAGUCACAGAAGCGCUUCAGCUCCUUCAUGAGCAUCAUCCAGGAGCCAUAGAUCAUGUUUAUCUCUUGAUUGGACACAACUCAGUCUUAGCCAGGGUCACCAGGGCAACUAAUACUCAACUCCUCAAGACAAGACUAGAUUAUAAGAUGGACUUGGUACGUUCUGUUGAUAAGCUCUACCAACACAUCCCCAAGGAACAACUGACCAGUACUUUCAGUGGGACCUUCAAGUACACCCAUGAAGAUUGGAUCAGGUUUCGAAUGAGGUUAGAGCCAUUCAUCUGUGGAUGCAAGAGUGCUGCCAAGUUCCUCCUGACGUCAGUAGAUGAGCUUAGUCGAGGAUCUACCAAGGCACCGUCGGAAGAACUCAGAGACACCAUCGAUAGGUUAAAGGUCAAACACGAAGAGGUCUACAAGGAUUCUAGGAUGGCCAGUCUUCACAAGGAGGGGGAUUUCAUCUUGGAAACACUCAAGAAAGAAGAGGGUGCACUAAGACAGACUGAGGAUUUCAGAGAUGCCAUAACCUGUGUAACAACACUCUUUGAGCAAGUGCGCCAGACAUGCAGUCGACUCGAUGAAAUGACUGAAAGGAGACUAGCACACCUUCAGAUGUCGCUGCAUCAACAGAUCUUAGAAGAGGAGUCUAGAAAGGUGAGUGAAUGGGUUAAGAAUGAUGGAAGCAGGAAACUCAAACAGCUUGAUGAGAUGUCGCCAGACUCGCUGAGUUCGGUCAUCAGCAUCCAAAAAGACUUUGAAAAGUUCUACUUCAAUGCUGUGAAACACAUCGGUCGUGGUGAAGAUGUCUUGGAAGAGAUUCAUACCCUAUCAGAACAAACAGGUGGUGGUGAGGGGGGUAGCAACGCACCCCUCAAGACCCCCUCAGUCUCCUGCGCUCUUAAGGACCAGUUGCAUACAUUCAGUCAGAGUCUAGAGAAUAAACGCAAGGAGAUAGAAGAAGCUGUCUGGCUGUACACCAUGCUAGAUAAGGCAUACGAAUGGUCAUUAGGAGGAAUGAAGUUUGUAGCCAUGCUAGGGAUCGAGGAGACAAGUAACCGUGAGAGAUGUCGCGUCCAUCUUUGUACCUUGGAGAAAUACCUACGUGAGAACCCCGUUAUCAGUGACGAUGACUUCAAAAAGAUGCUUGAGCUUGCCCGGACACUUGACAAGGGAAAGUGCGUUCAGCAGGGCGAGUUUGCCCAGCGACGGUGUAAAGAGACACAUGGAAUGAUCCAAAAGAGAAUGGAACAACUCCGCAACAUUUUACGCAACCCACGCUUUGCUCAGCGCAAUUCUUAUACCAAUGGAGAUACUCAGGUUUGCAUUCGAAGGACUCCCACUGAUGUUAUCAAGAGGAAAUCAGCAACGGACUCGCCAAACACGAUUCCUGAGGAAGUCAUCAAACCUGUGACAGCGUCUAAUGUUGCUCAGGAAAUCCUACGUAAAGGACCUAAGACGACGCAAACCAAGCACCAACGGGACUCUAUGCAUAGCAAUGGAUCGGUGGAUUCGGGAAUAUCAGUGAAUGAGAAAGCAACGGAACGAUUAGCAGCUGCGGCCGCGGCGGGUGCCUCGGCGGGUGCUACGACGGGGGCGCAACAGAACAGCACCACCGAAGAUGGGGUUGUGACGCUACGCCAUCCUAGGACAUGUAAAACAAUUGAACCUAUCAGGGAACUAGAACCUAUUCCGGCUGCUAAGAAUGAGGUUAAAAGGACUACAAGUCUGGGACGGUUGGAUGAGGGAUUUGAGGAAAGGGAGGAGGAGUGUGAGAGGGGUGAAGAAACAACGAGUGGAGAUACACCCACGAGCCAGGAAACGCAGAAUACUGAUGGUGCUCCUAAAGAAACAGAAACCAGAGAGAAAGAAGAUUUCUUAUCAGAUGAAGAUCCUGAUCAGAGUCAAUGGUCACCUUUAGAUGCCAACCGUCACAUCAGACGGUCCAUCUGUCUGGCAGACAAUCCUCUCAAACUAGAAGCCGAGACUCUCGCCAAGCAGCAUCCUUGUUACCGUCGGUUACUCCUCAUCAUUGAUGAAGUCAUUCAAACCGAACAGGAUUAUGUUCUUGCUCUCAAAUAUAUUCUAGAGAAUUAUGUUGUUGAGAUGGACCGAGAGGACAUCCCACAGGCCUUGAGGGGUAAGCGGAGUAUUGUCUUUGGUAACCUGGAGAAGAUCUAUCACUUCCAUUCAAGAGUGUUCCUCAGGGAGCUGAAGGGGUGCAUGACCACACCCCUACAGGUUGGACAAUGUUUCCUCAAACACAAACAAGAUUUCAGUAUGUAUGCUCUCUACAACAUGAAUAAACCCAAGUCAGAUAGAUUAUUAGCCGAGUUCGGACAUUUCUUUAGGAGCAAGCAGCGUCGGCUGAGGGAUAGCAUGGAUCUAGCAAGCUACCUACUGAAGCCAGUUCAGAGAUUAGGGAAAUAUGCUCUUCUUCUGCGAGAUCUUAUCAGACAAUGCCGACCGGAAGAUCAGGAACAAAAUCAUCUCAGAGCUGCUGAAGUAAUGAUUGAGUUUCAGAUGAGGCAUGGAAAUGAUCUUCUUGCUAUGGAUUCUCUUCAAGACUGUGAUGUCAAUGUGAGAGAGCAAGGGGAACUACUUAGACAGGCGGAGUUUUUGGUGUAUCGAGGAAUCAGGAAGUGUGUCCGUCAUGUAUUCCUGUUCGAAGAUCUACUCCUGUUUAGUAAACCAAAGAAGACGAGUAAAGGACAUGAUGUAUACCAGUACAAGUUUAGUCUCAAGAUGUCUGACAUUGGUCUGACGGAGAGCAUCGGGGAGACUGGUACUAAGUUUGAGGUUUGGUUCCGAAGGCGUAAAUCAACGGACAAGGCUUACACUCUCCAAGCGAGGUCUGCUCAAAUCAAGAGGGUCUGGACAGCUGAUAUCAGCAGACUACUCUGGCAUCAAGCACUAAGGAGUAAAGAAACUCAUCAGCAUGAGCUUUCAUCACUUGGGUUCUCCAGUAGGCAGACGUUUGAUAUCAAACCAAGUCAAGAUAGGAUCCACGAUAGGGCUGUCAAUCUCAAAGCUCCAAGAUCAAGAAACUCGAUUGCCAUCUCAUCGUUCAGUACGACCAGCAAGCUCUUUGAUGCAUCGACCUUCUCAUCUAUGACUAACCUGAUGACAACUCACACAUCAACCUCAUCAUCCUUCCACUCAUCACCAUCUCGUCGCUUCUCUCUUGCUGGUUCCAUGUCUCUAGCAAACUACAACAUCCCGGAGCUGGGCGAGAGUGGUAUCGACUUCCCGCCCCCUCAGAGACCUACCGCAGCCAUAAGUCCCACCAACACGCUCCAAGGCACGGACAGCAGCGGUGACAGCAGUGCGUUCAGCGGGGACAACGUAGGACCGGUAUCGCCUACCGGUGUCACCAUGAGGCACGGUGAUCCGAGGGGCAGGAAUCCCUUCGUCAGGAGUGUCCCCUCCCCGAGGAGCUCUCAGAUUUAUCAAGAGACUAUGUUUACAUCUGAAGUAAGGACGAUGAGCGUCAGUUCACUUCAUUCCGAGGCUGCUACCGUGGAAACCGUCUCAAGUCAGAGGAGAUCACAGAGGAGGAGUAAUCAGUUUGUCACGGCUGUAUGAGAAAAUGAUGAGGAAUCCCGAACUGCAAUGCCGUUUCUGUUCUUCUGAAGCUGGUGGCGGUUCUAUUCUGCAUUACUGAUAAAGAAGGAAAGCAUGAGGCCCACAGGACGCCCUCUAUGUUCAAGUUGGUUUCUCUCAGCAGCAUGGAUCUGACAUUGGUCUUGUUAUUCUCGUUGAACACUACAUCUUGUAUGGUUUGAUGAAAGUGGAUUUUUAUUAUCUAAUGAUGCAGCAUCUCUUGAAGGUGAUUUUAAACUUGUAAACUACUUUCAUAAAAGAUCUUGUCAUUUCCUCAGAAUAUUUAUUCAGAUUUUUACCUGAGAUAUGGUUUCGGAAUGGCUUUUCAUAGCUUCUAAUGCUGCUUUUGUAGCUUUCCAUAUAUCAUGUGCUGCUGUCUCUUUGCAAACUUUUGAAUAUUUUUUUAUGUUGCUGGCUCCUAGUCUCCCGACUUCUUUGAGGAGGUCAUGGGAUUUUUAUCUGAUAAUGUAUCCAUUCAACUCAUUAAUGCUUGAUAUGUUUUAAUAACUCUGUACUAGAAUGUAGUAGUUUAUUUUAUGUUUCCCAGUUGGCUGGUUGAUAUAGCCCAUAGUCUAGGUGGAGGCUGUAGCUACAUGUAUUGUCUUUGCUGCUACACUUUAUAUAAGUGAUCGGUCUGAUGUGGCGAGACU